UCAUUCUUCACUGCUUGGACUGGUGAUGGAUCUAUGCAUAGGCCAUAGAUGACUUAUCAGAUGCGUAUAUGAUUAUGCCGAAUGAGCUCUUACUCCAUCCGCAUGCUUCAAAAGGUGUUUGACAGCAACCAAGUAGAUCGAAGUCUAUUGGUUCCUGUAGUCCAUCAUCGGAUCUUACUGUGUCUCAGGUAUUUAUAAACCAGAAGCAAGAUGUCCGCAAGAAAAGCUUCAUACACAAACCCAAGACCCUGCAAGCACCUUUCAGCAUACAAGCUCAAACAUGGGUUGAGUGGGUAUAAAUCACUCCAAAAGUGCCUCAAGACCACCCCAGAUGGACGGACGAGUGUCGAGAAUCCGACCUCAAAGAUAUCCAGAUGCAGUUGCUGUAAUGGGUUUCAAGGUAGACUGUAUUUUUGUCUGAUUUGCUCUUCAAUCUCAUGCUCAAGUCACACCCUUUUGCACGCCCAGUCUGAGAUUGGCCAUGAUUUGGCGGUGGACAUCGAAAGGGCGGAGCUUUAUUGCUGUGCCUGCUCCGAUCAGGUCUAUGAUCCUGAUUUUGAUAAGACCGUCAUGUCUAAACACCUGAGCUGUAGCACAAGCAGCGCAGAUAGUAUUGGGGAGAGACUGUGUGAGAGGAAGAGGCUGGGCUCUGGGGUACAGUUGGCGGAUUUGAACAAAUCAGGACAGCUGGCUUUCAUGAGAGACAAUAGGGCUAAAUCAUGUUAUCCAUUGGGUUUGAGGGGAUUGAAUAAUUUGGGCAAUACUUGUUUCAUGAAUUCUGUGUUGCAAGCACUGUUGCAUGCUCCUCCAAUGAGAAAUUACUUCUUGAGUGAUCGCCAUAACCGCAGAACAUGCCGGAAAAGAUCCGCCAACCGCCUCUGCUUGCCUUGUGAGCUUGAUGGUAUUUUCUCCGCUGUUUACUCUGGUGGCGCUGAUCGCACUCCUUACAGUCCAGCUCAAUUUCUAUACAGUUGGUGGCAGCAUUCAGAAAAUCUGGCAAGUUAUGAGCAGCAGGAUGCUCAUGAGUUCUUCAUUUCAGUGUUAGAUGGGAUCCAUGAGAGAGAAAGCAAAACAAGGAACCAAACUAGAGAUAGUGGUGAUUGCCAGUGUAUUACUCAUAGGGUGUUCUCUGGACAGUUGAGAUCGGAUGUCACGUGUAUGACUUGUGGAUUCACUUCAACAACUUACGACCCUUGUUUGGACAUAUCGCUCGACCUAGGCUCUAAUAAGCCUGUCAAACGAAAUGACAGCAGCAGUUCAUCUACUCUUGUAGGUUGUUUAGACUUGUUCACAAAACCAGAGAAGUUAGGAGCCGACCAGAAAUUGUACUGUCAAAACUGUCGAGAACUGCGAGACUCAUCGAAGCAAUUGUCUAUUAGAAAGCUCCCUUUGGUGUUGUGCUUGCAUGUAAAACGAUUCGAGCACUCCCUGGUGAGAAAGAUGAUGAGGAAAAUCAAUAGCUAUAUGCAUUUUCCUUUCUCCUUAGACAUGACCCCAUAUCUGUCCUCUUCAAUUGUCAGAAACAGAUUUGGGAAUAGAAUCUUUGCCUUUGAAGGUGAUGAUUUUGAUAUUUCUACAGAAUUUGAGAUUUUUGCAGUUAUUACCCAUUCGGGGACACUAGACUCUGGCCAUUAUCUGACCUAUUUACGCAUAAAAGAUCAGUGGUAUAGAUGUGACAAUGCUUGGAUUAAUGAGGUUGAUGAGAGGGUUGUAAGAGCUUCACAGUGCUAUAUGAUGUUUUAUGUGCACAAGACGCUUUACUAUAAAACAAAAGAGGAUUCGAGUUGCUCUCCAGUUUCCACACAGAAAGAGGCUUUUCAUAGGAUUGCCGGUUGCUGCUAAAGAUAAUAUUUUGAAUGAUGGGAAUUUGCAGUUGGCGGAAGUAGGUACGGUCUUCUGGUUUAUAUAUGUUCAUGGAAUGAGAUAGCGAAAAUGAAGACUGCCACUGCUGAAGAAAUAUUGUCAGGAAUGACUUGAGGAAGUCAUUAACCAUAUUGAACAUCUGAAAAGUAUCUCUGAAGAUGAGGAUUGAAGCAGUGGAUACUAAUUCCAGAACAUCUGUUAAUGGCUUGUUGAUGGGUAUCUUGUGAAUGGUUUUUGAGAGGUGUAAAGGAACUGGUGGAACUCCUUUCUCUUCUAUAUGUCAGGUGUUUUGUUCUCUUUAGAAGCUUAUUGCUUAGCAUUCUUUGAAUUGCAGGUCAGUCAUGUACAGAAUAUAUCUGUGGAACUAAUGUUCCCAAUGUCUUAUCUUUUUUUUUUCUCGACAAGCCAGUAUCUUAUCAGUUGUUCCUCGAGUAUUGG